GGUCCUUGUGAAGCAGGAAGCGGCAGGGAGCAGCUUUACCCCGCUCCUCCGCUCUGAGGGCAACAUGGCGGUGCAGUGGCGGCGCUGCUGGAGGGGACAUGGGGCAGUUAGAGGGGCAAUAGAGGCUGUUUGUGGUGUGAACCGGAGAGCGGUGACGGUGCUGGAGAGAGGAGCAGGAGCUGGGGGCUUAGUUACAGAGGUGCUGCUUCCUGUCAGACACACACACACCUCCAUCAAUCCCAGCAUGUUUACAAGGUCCAGGAGUCGAUUCCUUCCUCCCGUAGCUCGGAGCUGCUGCUGCUGCUGUAGGAUUCACAGUGACACGAAGCUGAAGGACCCUUUCUCACUGGCGCAGGAGGACCUGAAAAACCUGUACGAGGACAUUAAAAAGCAGCUACUCGUGUCUAAAGUGGAGCUGAAAGCGCUGUGUGAUUACUACUUUGACGGGAAAGGGAAAGCGUUCCGGCCCAUGAUCGUGGUGUUAAUGGCUCGAGCCUGUAACAUUCACAGCAACAGAGGAGGGGAUCUGCUCCCGGCCCAGCGGUCCAUCGCUAUGAUCUCUGAGAUGAUCCACACUGCCAGCCUGGUGCACGACGACGUCAUCGACGGGGCGGAUACGCGGCGAGGAAAGACCACUAUUAACGAGAUGUGGGGGGAGAGAAAGGCCAUCUUGGCUGGAGAUUUCAUUCUCUCUGCAGCAUCCAUGGCUCUUGCACGUAUCGGGAAUACCACUGUUGUGUCGGUUCUCUCCCAAGUAAUAGAGGACCUGGUACGAGGUGAAUUCAUGCAGCUGGGCUCCAAGGAGAACGAGAACGAGCGAUUCAAGCACUACCUCGAGAAGACGUUUAAGAAGACGGCGAGCCUGAUCGCCAACAGCUGUAAAGCAGUUUCCAUUCUGGUGAACUCGGACCCCGAGGUGCACGAGAUCGCGUAUCAGUACGGACGAAACGUGGGCAUCGCCUUCCAGCUGGUGGACGACGUGCUGGACUUCACCUCAUGCGCUAAUCAGCUGGGGAAACCGUCAGCUGCUGAUCUCAGGCUGGGCCUGGCAACCGGACCCGUACUGUUCGCCUGCCAACAGUUUCCGGAGCUCCACGCUAUGAUAAUGAGACGUUUCUGUUCGGAUGGAGACGUCGAUCGGGCCUGGAGAUACGUCCUGGAGAGCGAUGGCGUGGAGCAGACGAGUUUCCUGGCCCAGCAUUACUGCCACGAGGCCACGCGUCAGAUCAGCCGCCUGCAGCCGUCCCCUGAGAGAGACGCUCUGAUCCGCCUCACUGAGCUCGUCCUCAACCGGGACAAAUGAACCUGGAACCUCCUGAGCUCUACUACAGGCAGCUACAUACCUCUACCAUUCUAUACACACACACAACUAGCAGGUCGUCUCGUCUCGUCUCGUCUUAUGACACUCUGGUCUGAGACUGGAACAGGCACCUGCACUGAAAAAGCACCAAGAAAAUGCCAAUAAAAGAGCGAGUAGCAGGAUUCAUGCUCCAGGACGUCCUCACUGUAUUGUACUGUACAGUUCUCUUCUACAGAAGCAGGACACCAUGGGAUAAAAAAGACGCAGAGGGGCUUCCUGUGUCUCACGUCCGACCCCCAAAGGCCCGAUCAGGAGCUAUGCUGUUAUUUAUAUACUUGUACAUCAUGUGUGGAGAAACAGACAAACGCCUUAAAUCCACCGCAACUGUGAUAAUAAAUCACGUUUUUAUAAAGGAAA